UGUCCUAGACUCUGCUCUCUUAUUUCUCAUAGAAACAUUGUUCUUGGGAGAAAUGGAGUUGAGAGAAGGAUGAUCCUAUCGGGGUCCCAACUUGUCCCUCUUCCUUGGUUUUUCCAGCAGUCGUGUUUGCAUAUUGAAGCCCUGGCCUCCCCUCAGUAGGCUAGUUUGUGAUUCUCUGUGCUAUAUUCAGCUUAUUUCGGCUUCAAAAAGGGAUAUUUAGUGCCAUUCAAUAUCACGGUAGUGGUAAUAUUCUAUGUGUCCAAGUUGGGCUACUCUCAGGCAUUUCAAGUUUAUACAUUUUCUUUCUGGAUAAGACAGUGCAUAAAUUGUUGAAUUGUUCUGUGAUGUAACCCUUCGUCCUGUGUCCACAGAUUGCUGUAGAGGAGAAUGCCUACUGGAAAUGGUUCUUCCCUGACAGAAUUUAUUCUGGUGGGAUUAACAGACCAGCCAGAUCUCCAGCUCCCCCUGUUCUUCCUAUUUCUAGUAAUGUACAUGGUCACUGCACUGGGAAAUCUGGGCAUGAUAACUAUUAUUGGGCUGAAUUCACACCUCCACACUCCCAUGUACUUUUUCCUCUUCAAUUUGUCCUUUAUAGAUCUCUGUUAUUGUUCAGUGUUUACACCCAAAAUGCUGAUGAAUUUCUUAUCAAAGAAGAAUAUUAUUUCCUACAUGGGGUGCAUGGCCCAGCUCUACUUUUUCUGUUUUUUUGCUAUUUCUGAAUGCUAUGUGUUGACAUCAAUGGCCUAUGACCGCUAUGUGGCCAUCUGCGACCCACUCUUGUAUAAUGCUGCCAUGUCCCCUAAAGUGUGUUCCAGCCUUAUGCUUGGUUCGUACUUGGUGGCCUUUUCUGGUUCCAUGGCCCACACUGGAUGCCUGCUGAGACUGAUCUUCUGUGACGCCAACACCAUCAACCAUUAUUUCUGUGACAUCCUCCCUGUGCUCCAGCUCUCCUGCACCAGCACCCAUGUCAAUGAGCUGGUGGUGUUCAUUGUGGGGGGCAUCAACAUCAUUGUGCCCAGCAUCACCAUCUUUGUCUCCUAUGGUUUCAUCCUCUCCAGCAUCCUCCGCAUCAGCUCCACUGAGGGCAGGUCCAAAGCCUUCAGCACCUGCAGCUCCCACAUCAUUGCUGUUUCUUUGUUCUUUGGAUCGUUUGCAUUUAUGUAUCUCCAACCUUCUUCUGCUGGGUCCAUGAAUGUGGGAAAAAUCUCUUCUGUCUUUUAUACCAAUGUGGUCCCCAUGACGAACCCCUUAAUCUACAGUUUGAGGAACAAAGAUGUUAAACUUGCUCUGAGAAAGACCCUGAGGAGAAUCUUUUGA